AUGUAUUUUCAGAUUAACGUAAGGGUCACUACAAUGGAUGCUGAGCUGGAGUUUGCCAUUCAGCCCAGUACAACUGGUAAACAACUUUUUGACCAAGUAUUUGUGAAAACGAUUGGACUCCGAGAGAUCUGGUACUUUGGACUGCAGUAUCAGGACAGCAAGGGCUUCUCUACAUGGCUGAAGCUCAAUAAGAGGGUGACUGCUCAAGAUGUCAGAAAAGAAAACCUAUUGAUGAUUAAAUUCCGAGCAAAGUUCUACCCUGAGGACGUGGCUGAAGAGCUGAUUCAGGAAGCUACACAGCGUCUUUUCUUCCUCCAGGUGAAAGAGGGGAUCUUGAACGAUGAUAUCUACUGUCCACCUGAGACGGCCGUUCUCCUGGCCUCAUACGCUGUGCAGAUGAAAUACGGUGCAUACAACCACGAAUAUCAUGUGCCUGGAUAUUUGUGCAAAGACAAACUGCUGCCACAAAGAGUUCUAGAACAACACAAACUGACUAAAGAGCAGUGGGAAGAACGAAUCCAGGUGUGGCAUGAGCAACACAAAAGCAUGAUCAGAGAGGACGCUAUGAUAGAAUACUUGAAGAUUUCCCAGGAUCUGGAGAUGUAUGGAGUGAACUAUUUCAGCAUCAAAAACAAAAAAGGAUCUGAGCUGUGGUUGGGUGUUGAUGCUUUGGGACUCAACAUAUAUGAACGUUCAGACAAGCUGACACCUAAGAUUGGAUUCCCUUGGAGUGAGAUACGGAAUAUUUCUUUUAAUGACAAGAAAUUUGUCAUUAAACCCAUAGACAAAAAAUCACCGGACUUUGUGUUCUAUGCACCUCGCCUGCGCAUCAAUAAGCGUAUUCUGGCUCUGUGCAUGGGAAACCAUGAUCUUUACAUGCGACGCCGCAAGCCAGACACCAUUGAGGUGCAGCAGAUGAAAGCGCAGGCCAGAGAGGAGAAGAAUAAGAGACAACAAGAGAGAGCACUUCUGGAAAAUGAGAAAAAAAGAAGAGAAAAUGCAGAGAAAGAAACUGAGAAGAUUGCAAGAGAGACGAUGGAGCUCAUGGAAAGACUUCGACAAAUUGAGGAGCAGACCAAAAAAGCUCAAGAGGAACUGGAAGAGCAGACCAAGCGAGCAUUGGAGCUGGAGCGGGAAAGGAAACUUGCUCAGGAAGAAGCUGAGCGCCUGGAGAAAGACCGCAGGAUUGCAGAAGAAGUGAAGUCAGCAUUACUGCAGCAAUCUGAGAACCAGAUGAAGAACCAGGAGAAUCUGGCAACAGAGUUGGCUGAGCUGACAUCCAAGAUCACUCUUUUGGAAGAUGCCAAAAAGAAGAAAGAGGAUGAAGCCAGGAAAUGGCAGAGAAGGGCGAUUAUGGUUGAGGUAGACCUGGAGAAGACAAAAGAGGAGUUAAAGAGUAAGCUAAUUGGGGUCCAAAUCCAGGCAAUGUCCCAGACGGAGAAUGACCAUGAUGAAAAUGAUGAGAGCAGUGCUGAGGCCAGUGCUGAGCUCACAUCAACUGGAACAUGUCAAGACCGCAGUGAAGAGCAGCGCAUAACAGAAACUGAGAAGAAUGAACGUCUGCAGAAGCUCCUACAGGUUCUGAGCUCUGAGCUGGCAGAUGCUCGUGAUGAAAGUAAGAAGACUGCAAAUGAUCUCAUCCAUGCUGAGAAUGUGAGGUUAGGGAGGGACAAAUACAAGACCUUACGGCAAAUCAGACAAGGAAACACCAAACAGCGCAUUGAUGAAUUUGAGUCCAUGUGAAAAACAAGUUGGACAGAAUGUCUGUCAGUUAGAAGUAUUAAUAAUCCAUUACAGAGCAUUUGAACUGCAGAGUCUAGUGAUUUUAGUCUUUUGAUGUGAAUUAAAAAGCACAACAUGAAGUAAAAGCAAGGGUAAAUGUUGUGAACCUCUUGAUUGUUUGAAUUAAAGAAAUUAGACUGUACUGAGUUCACAUAAUAAAUAAAAAGAAACAAACUAAAUUAUUAUGUGAUUGUACCCCUGAUAAUCUCCAAUGUGGUCAUCAGAGCAGUUUAUACAAUAAAGUGACACGUUUCAACCACAUGA